CCCCACUCCCUCUGUCCAGGAUGGCGCGUGUGGGGAGGGGUCGUGCCUCCGCCGCCCCCCAACCCAAUCCAGUUCUCGGAGCUCCACCCGGCUAGCAGGGGAAGAAAGCAACUGCGCAGCCGCAGAGUGGCGAGCCCCUUAGCACGCCUCGGGCAACGAGACACAUAGGCGGGCUCUGUCCCCUGGGAAAGCCAAGGCGAGGCCAGUCUACCACUUCACACGUCUAUGGUCUGCAAUUGGCGUCCGGGGGCUCACGCAGAGCCUAAACUUCCUGUAAGGAGCGGAAGCAGUACUUCCCGGGACUCUCUAGGGCUAUCGCCUCUCUCGGCUUUGUCCUGGGCGGUGCCGCCACUCCUUCCGCCCCGAUAGCCGGCGCCGGGCAGAAAUUGCGUCAUGGCAGCGGCUUGCGGCACGGGAAGUGUCGUCCCCGUGCGAGGCGCGGAUGUAGGGGAUCGGCGAAGCGGAGAGCGUCGUAGUGUUCGCUUGACUGGCUGAGCCGCUGGCCGGAGAGGGGCUCCUUCGCCCUUCCUUCUGCGCAUGUACAGAGCGCCUCUGCUGCUUGGUCUGAGGCUCCGGCGUUGCUGGUGCUGCUCCUCCUCCUCGUCCCUCCCGGUCAGACCUUGGCGCGGCGGCGGGGCUGCUGCUUCUGAGGAGGGCGCACCUUCCGCUCCUGGACUGCCGGCCAUGGCGAGGGUCCCCCUGCCGAUGCCUCUGCCGGCUUCUGGGCCGGACCGUCAGUCGGCGCUGUUGGCGGCGGCGUCCGCGCUGCGCGAGGGCGGCCUGGUGGCGCUGCCCACCGACACGGUCUACGGCGUGGCCUGCCUGGCGCAGGACUCGCGGGCGCUGGGGGCCGUUUACCGCCUGAAGGGCCGCGCCGCCAAUAAGCCCCUCGCUAUCUGCCUCGCCGACGUCGAGCACGUCUACAGGUGCGGCGGGGUCGGCGAAGGAGGUGGGGGUCUUGCAAUGGGGGGGUGGCCCUCCCUCCGCCUCUCCUCCUCCUUCCUUCGGCGAAGCAGGGAAGUCGGUGGAUAGGGCCCCCGGCCGCUUCUGCCCCUUCCAGGAAGGCAGAAACCCAGGCAAGCCCCCCCCCCCUUUGGCAUUGAGGUGUAUCAGCUGAUUAAUCCUUUUGUUUCCAGUGGCGUUUGAAGUUAAAAAACACAAGCGCUGAUUUUAUUUCUUUCAGAGUAAAUAACGAGCGCCUCCAGUCAAGUAUUAGUCUGGUAGCCCGCCCCUUUGUUUUGCUGCUUGCCUUUGGCUGCGUGACAGAGGAUGGGCUCACCUUGUGCAUACUUUCUCCUUCCCCUUUUGUAGGUACUGUAACGUUUGCGUGCCUGACAAGCUGCUGCAGGAACUCCUUCCUGGGCCAGUGACGCUGGUCCUGGAGCGCUCAGACACCCUCAACAAAGACUUGAACCCCUUCACCCCAGUGAGUCUUGGCUAGCAAGUUCUAUAGAGACCCUUUUACCUUUUGGAGAGUUCCCAGUUUCCCAAUAGGGUGCUUACCAGUUGGGUGUUGUGCUUGUGCUCUUAGGUUGACAUCAGAGUGGACCUUCCUCCAUUCCAGGCUAAAAGGCAAAUCUGAUUGGUUGGGAAUAUUAGUGGAGAUUUUAAUUUUCCUCAGGAUUUUUUUUUUAAAAAGCUAUUGCCGGACUGCAAGUCUCAAGCUAAGCAUGGCUACUUCUUUUCCUGUUUUAGUUUCACUUAGUUAUGUGGCCUGGGAGGGGUGGCUGCAUUCUGAGAUGGGUGGGAUAAAGGUGCAACAGAUUCCUACUUCCUGUCCUAUUCAAAUGAGCAGGGGUGUAUGUGGGUUGUUCUUCUCACAGUGCAGAGUGGGGAAAUCUCCAUACCAACCUGCCCACAAGAUCUGCUAGGGAUGCUCUUCAUGACCUGGUGGUAGUAGUGGAGGCCUGACUACUUAGGAUUUCCUCUGUGUCUGUGCAUUAGGAAAUUUGUUGAUCCCCCUUUCUGUUGCCUAGCCUUUUUAUAUUCUUAUUCCAGCAGGCAUUUAAUUUAGUGUGUUAAGGGGUUUCCUGUGUUUUGGUAGAUGAACUUCUUAUUUGCUACACAUGCUCUCUUAGGUUUUUUUUUACUGAAUUUAACUUGUGUUGGACUUCACUGUAAGCUAUCCUGAAUGCUGUUGUGCAGUGGAAAGUGGGGCAUAUAUUGUAUAUGUAUGCAUGCUUUCAUAUACAUGCAUGUAUAAAUAUCCUGCCUUUUAAAACUAUAUAUACAUAAAAGCUAAAAGUAAGUAGUGGUACUCAUUCAUCUCUUCCUCUCCCCCACCCCGCUUUUGUCACAGUUAGUUGGUGUCCGCAUCCCAAGUCACUGGUUCAUCAGGGAGCUGGCCAGGGAGUGUGCUGGCCCUCUGGCCUUAACAAGCGCAAACAUCAGUCAGGGGGCGAGCUCCCUCACAGUCACGGUAAGGGCUGCUUGAAACCUGUAGGACGGGAUGAUAAUGGAAGCCUGGGUGGCUCUCCAAGUCCCCAGGGAAGGGCAUUAUGUUCCAUUUUGUUUUAAUUGGCUUGCUCCUCUCAGAGAGUAAAGCCACUGUGUGUUUAAGCAGGAGCUUAUGGUACCCUUUUCUCUGUGGUUGCUGGCUAUUAGCAUCUUGUGGUGCACACUGGCUCAGGAGCCUGCUGAGCUCUUAUUCUCUUCUUCUUUUAUAUUUCAGGAGUUCCAAGAGCUCUGGCCUCACCUGUCACUUGUAAUUGAUGGGGGCCCCACUGGGGACAUCCAUAGACCAGAGUCCCGUCUAGGCUCUACCGUGAUUGACCUUUCUGUUCCUGGCAAGUUCAAGAUUAUCCGGGGAGGAUGGUAAGCCUCACACAGCCUCCUCUCCACCUGAGUGGCAUUUGUAGGCUGCAGAGUUGUCUUCCUCUGAAUAGGAUGGAACUAUUUAGCCCGAGGACAGUGGUCCUUGGGGUGUGUGGUGGUGGUCCUAAAGGAGGCAGGCUCCUCCUGCAAAUGAUUCCCAGAAUCACACCUGCUUACUCCUGCAGGUGGAGUGCCUUGUGAAUUGAGUCAAACCUCCUAUUUUGACUUUGCAUUUAACACACAGAUGAUGCUAAAUUAGCCUUCAAGAAUAUUAAGCUGCAAACAAUGCAGAUCUUGUCCCCAGCAUCUUACUCCUUCUUUUCUUUUCUGCAGUGCACUUAUUCAGACCGUUGAGAUCCUGGCAGUCAAGUAUGGCCUGACAGCUGAUCUGCCUAUAUGUGGUCAACUCACACAGUCUCUGGGCAAGUAGAUGGUGUGUGACAUAUCAGGAAGCUGUUUGCAAGAGCCUUGUCCUGGAAAGUAUAACUCUGCCCUUCUUGGGUGCAAAGGGAGCCUCCCCUCGUUUCCCAGUUGACUUCUGUGAAUCCAGAAGGAUCUGGCCCUGCUGUGGCCGAAGUAUUUUCUCCUUCCUGGCAUUUCCUUUCGGAUUUAGGGAGGGGCACACACUUCUGUGCCUAAGUAUCCCUCCCUUUUAGGAAGUCUGUCCUCUCUAUCCCUUGAACACUUGGCCUGGAGGGGUUGAAGCAUUUGAACAAGACAGUGCAGCUGACAAUCAUGGAGUGUAUAGAAAAGCAAGAAGAUGCCUUUUGAGGGGCCCUGGUAGGUGGAGUUUGCCUGUGACCAGGGGGGACCAAACUGCCUUGAACCCAGCUCUACUGAAAACAGAGACCAGACCAGCCACUGACGGGCAAGCAACAGGCUGCGUUUUUGACCAAUAUCAUUAAAAUGGAAACCUAGUGCAUGUUGGCCUCCAAGUUCUUU